AUGAGUGAUCGAGUACAUCAGUUUGUGGUAAGACUUGGGCCGCACCUGAUUAAUAAAUACUCUACAGCCACUCUGCUCGAUGGUAUAGAUAUUUCCCGCAUCCAGGUUCAUGCUCAGAAUUUGGAGGAUCGGAAACGACAGCAAUACGAGAAUCGUAAUGAGGAUCAGUGUAAGAAGGCUAGGUCAGGGCUCGAGAAUUUCGAGUUUUCAAAAUCGAAGGGAUUCAGCGCAGAUGAGGGCGCCCCUCCGCGGUGCAGUCAAUGCGGUAGAGCUCAUUCUGGAAAAUGUCGUCAAGGAUCUAAUGCAUGCUAUAUCUGUGGAGACCCUAGUCAUUACAUAAGAGAUUGUCCUAUAAAUGACAGAAGCGGGAUGGUUCAGCCCACCAGAUCUAUAACAGUCUCCUCCUCUUCAGUACGCCCUCAAAAGUGA